AUAAACUAUGCUGUCGUUGAGCAUUUAGUGCAGAAACUCUCGAAAUCAAACUGCCUAACUGAGGCCGAUCAGAAACUACUGCUACAGUCUCAUCUAGAUUUCCAAGGACUUAGGAGAAAGUCCUCCAGCAGUGCCUUACGGACCAAAGAAGAUCGGGAUGGAGGACAUUCUUUAUCGGCCUGUUCUGCGGGCGUUUCCAGUAAUAAACAGAAAGCAAAAAAUCCCCAGUUCUUUCUGUCCCCUGACCUAGUUUGUCUUCUAGGGGAACAAGGUUUGAAUCGGCUUGAUGCAUCCCAGAUGACGAGGCUGAGAAUUCUGUCUCCAGUUAGUGCCAGAGACAAGAAAGAUAAGCAUAGCAAACUGAAAUAUGAGACUCAAGAAAGGCUUGAAGAUAACAAACGUAAGACGGUGCACAUGAAAAAACCUAGAGGGUUACAUAAAGAUUAUGGAAAUCUACUCCCCCUUAAGCCCACCGUCCUUACUAUUGUCGAUGAGGCGCCUCCGACUAAUUCAUUUCACUUGCCAGAAUACCUCCCAUCCCCUGCCAAGUUCAGCCGACUACUGCAAUCCUCAGCAGCAGUCUCUCCCAAUGUUAUGCCCCAGGCCGACUCUGAUCCUGAAUUCAUCUCUGCCAAUUCUCAUAUUAAGUCAGACAACCAUACUGAUCAAAUCCGGCUACCGAAACUGAUGCAGGAGCACCUAGUGAGCGGGUACAUCGGUUGGAUACACAGCUGGCGUCAAUGCUAUAUGUUUGAGGAUUACCUACGAUUUAUCACAACUAGAGUAUGUUCAAUCUUCUCCAUCAAGUCUAUAAAUCAUAUAGUAUUGUUGUCCAAGAUUAUGUUAAAUUAG